AUUUAUUCGAAAUUAUCAAACCAAACCUUGGUAAUGAUACCUAAAAGUAACUAGUACCUUUAACAUUCGAAGGUGUUACCUCUUUGAUAAAUUGAAGAGAAUGUUUUCAAAAAAGACAUGUUCAAUAGUCCUUAAUUUUCAAUUUUUUUCUUGUUGUUAUCAGUCUUUCAUGAAAUCCAACUUCAAUUAGUAUUAACAAAUCUAUUAACUAAGCAAUAAUCGUAUGUAAACUAGUGAAUGGUUUCGAGAUGAAGACAACUAGUGUAGUCGCAGCAAGCUCUGCAUCAGUAGGCCUCAACAUACACAAGGAAAAAAACAACAUCCUCAAAUACAACCCGGAGAACACCAAUCCAAUCACACUUGAUGGAGAAACUCUGGAUGAUAUGGAAUCUUUCACACGCCUGGUGAUCAGCUGCAUCAUCGAUGAAGAAAGGAAGAUAGGAAGCAGAUGUAAAGAAGAGGAUCGACAAAGGAAGGACCGCUUCCUACAAUUGAACAAACAACAUAUGCAACACAAAACAACUGUCUAUCAACCAAUAUCAAAGUCACAUUCUUCUAUGAGAACUUCAAGACAGUCGAUUCUACUGUAUGGAGCUGAAACUUCCACAACUACCACAACCAUCAUGAAAAAGGUACAUUUAUUUAUCAACGGUUGUCCAUGCGAGGUACCAAACAGCAAAAUGUCAAUCAAUCGUCUCAAACUUGACUGUUCCUUCAUUUCCACACUAAUCAUUCGUUGUCCUCGUUCUAUUUCUUCUUUGAUCUUAACUUUCUGCUUCCAAGUGUUUCACUUUCUAUUGAUAAAUACAUACUACUUAUUAUCGAUCAGCAUCAGUAGCAUAUACCACAAUCUUAGUUUCAGACUAUAAUUUGUUUGAGAUUAAUCCAUUAAAUUAUCUAUAUCACUAAAUGUGUUAAGAUUCAAUCAUUUAACAAUGAAAUUCUCUCUCUCUCUAUUUAUAAUCAUUGCUAAAUAUGAAUUAUUUCUUUACAAUGAUGUUAUCACAGGUCAUUCAAAUAUUCUAUUUCUAUAUCUGAUUUGUUUUAGGGAUAAUUUGUUGUAUGAACCCAAUCAAUGUACUGAAUGUUAUCAUUGUCAAACAUUCUAUGAACCAAUCCUCGUGAAGGAGCAUAGGCCGCUCACCAGCAUUCUCCAUCCAACCCUGUCCUGGGCAAUCCUUUCCAGCUCCUUCCAGUUCUUAUUCAUCCUUUUCAUAUCUACUUCUAUUUCCC